AUGAAGCAGAAAAUAAAGAAAUUUGCGUUGAUUCUAUCACUGAUUACAUUUUUUUUGGUGAAUGGCAUACCUGUGAACACAAAUUCAACUUUAUUAGAAGGCGAAAUAGAUCAGUCACCAAUCCAUAGUGACCUUUUGACCCGUUUAAUGAUCACUUCUUAUCCUUUCGAAAAAACAAUGACGGGUAUUUUCAAAGGGCCAAGUUUUACAAAUAGAGAUUUGCGACUUAUCUCAGCGACUUGCAAACUGUUGCACAACUGUGCAACUAAAGCUCUCAAUGAACGCUUUCAAAUUGUCCGCUUCUACAAUGGCACAUUCGAAUCUCCUUCACAGCAGAAUAUUUUCAAUGAUUACGUCUGUAGAUUGACAGAUUCUGAUUUAAGAAGGGAAGAUUCCAUUAGUGAACAUUAUCAAUAUGACAACACUGAUAUCAAAGAGUCAGCAACACCUGACUGGAUUUUUUUCGACAAUAUUCGAGCUGUUGAGAUAUAUCUUCUAAAUUCCAGUGGAUACGGAGAUGCAAGAUUUGAUUCUCAAACAUCACUGUUAAUUUUUGGAGGGAAAGGCGUUGAAAGAGCAUUUUACGGUUUCGAUGAUACUAAUGAAGAAAGUCUUAGAUCUGAACUUCUUCGGUGGAAGAAAAUAUCAAAUAUGAUUGAAUCGUCUAGUGAUGAAGAAUCAGAGAACGAUGAAUCUCCCAAUAAAAGAAUUCGUGUUCAUUAA